AUGGUAGCAACAAGAACAGAAAAAUCCCGUCUCUCUAUUGACCUUGCCACCCAUUUACGAGGAGAAAUAAUCAACUCGGACAAAAUGCAAGCAUAUAAGGGACUUGAAAUUGUUACAAACAAGAUUACACAUACUGAGAAACAAGGUGUACGACACUAUUUGUUAGUUGAAAUUGAGCCAGAUUCCGACUUCACAGCUGAAGAUUUUUGUUUGCAAGCUAUUGUCUACAUAGAAGGGAUAGUGGAUGAGGUGGGACAAAUUUUCAUUCCAGAUGCAUAUUACACCAAAGGAAUCCGACGGUCCAUUGGUUUCCCCGAAAUGGACAGAUACUUAAGUGUAGAAACAAAUAUAGACGAAGAUGAUGAAUCAAAGAAGAUGCUUCUUCAAUCAUCCAUUGCUAAUAUCAAGCUUAUUACUCGUUUAUUAAUUUGUCACCAACUUGACAAGAUUCAUCAGUUAAUAAAUGAGAAAAUGUGGUUGGUCCAUCAUAUUAUUCCUACUGAUAUUUUCAAAGGAGAUACAAAAAAAGUUGUUGACGAAGCAUAG